AUGGGCGACGGAUACCGGUCUACCCGGGUUUACCGUGAUGAGGACGACGACGGUGGUUAUCGAAGCACUACAGUAACUCGCUACAAAGUCGGCCCAGGACGCGAUGACCGCUAUGUUGAAGUAGAGGAAGACCGCCGCUCCCGUUACUCUCGGCGCACUUCAAAUGAUCUCCUGGACGCUGAUAGACGCUGGCCCGGGGACCGCCCUCGCUCAGCAUUUGAACCGGGAACAGAACGAUCUCGAACCUACAUUUACGAGCGCGAUAUUGAGCGCGACCAACGCCAAACUCCAGAUCGCACUCGAUUUGUGACCCAAGAGUCUCGCGAGAGCGACAACUGGGAUAAACGCUCACGCAAUGAGGAGCAAGUCAAAGUCGAACGCAAAGUGGAAGAGACUGUCGAGGACUCACGAGGCAACGAGAUAGACCGUGUGCGCAAGGAGACAGAAUACUACACCCAAGCAGACCCAAAUCCUGCUCCGUUGGUAGUCCGCCAACGAGCGCCCGAAUCUCAGAAAAUCAUUGUUUCGGAAGCUCCUUCUCAAGCGUCAUAUGGAAACUACCGCCAAGAUCCCGGAGUGGUUGUUUUGCGUGAGCGUGAAAUGGAUAGAGAGGUUGUGCGCAGCAGGGACCCUUACGAAGAUGACUACUAUUACCGAAAUGACCGGCGCGAUCUUGGCCCAUACAGAGGCGAGAGAGACUAUGCCAUGGCCCGCUACGAUCCCCGCCGUGAUAGGGAACAGUGGUAUUACAGCGAUGAGGACGAUUACUACCAUCAUCGCCGACAUCGUCGCCGAAGUCGAAGCCGCAGCCGCAGCCGCUCCAGCAGUGGCGGACGCCAUCACAAGCUGCAUCUAGCUGAAGGAGCCCUUGCUGGUGCUGGUGUGACUGCUCUCAUGCAAAGCAAGCGCAAUGAAUAUGGCGAACUCCCCGAAAACCGAGGCCGUAAGAUCAUUGCCGGUGCUGCACUUGGCGCUCUUGGAACAGAAGUCCUGAAACGGGCUCACAGCGCCUACGAGGAACGAUGGGGUGACGGGCGCGAGUCACCCGACGCACACUCGAGGCUGAAGACGGGUUUCGGUAUCGCCGCCGUUGCUUUAGCAGCAGCUGGUGCCGCCAAAUACCUUCAGUCAGACAAGAUUGAAAAGGAAGAGGCUCAUCGUGGCCGAAGCCGCACGCGCGGUCACUACUCCGGUGAUGAAGGCUCUCGUUCUCGCUCGCGAGCCAAGAGUGGCAAACGAAGCCUCUCAACCGCAGCCAAGGCUGCUCUGGGUACUGCAGCCACCGCUGGAAUCAUUCGUCAUUUCAGCAAAUCCCGAUCCAGAAAGGGCUCUCGCAGCAAGUCCAAGCUGCGCCGUGGUGCUGAAAUUGCUGGUGCCGCUGCCGCCGCUGGAAUCGCUGGAAAGAUGUGGAAGAACCACCAAGAAAAGAAGGAGCGCUCUCGUUCACAGUCCAGAGCUGCUAGUAGAGAUGUCGAUGACCGGGACCACUACGGGCGGCGAGACUAUAGCAGAAGCCGCAGCCGCAGCAGGUCGAUUGCCCGAUCCCACCAAUCUGAUCGCGACGCUGAUCGUGAGCUAGGCUUAGUUGAAUAUGGAGAUGCGCCUCUUUCUCCGGAUCGCGAACGAGAGGACCGACGACGCCGACGCCGAGACCGAGACCGAUCGGCGUCACGAUCAGACUCUGAUGAGGGCAGGGACCGUAGCAGAAGCAGAAGUAGGCUUAGAAACAUGGCUGCUGCCGGCGCAGCUGCCGGCGCUGCCGCGAUGGGGAUCAAAGAGUAUAAGAACAGGAAGGAUAGAAAGAAGAGAGACGAAGACAGACACUCGCGGGAAAGAAGCCAAGAGAGAUAUGAGGAUGAAAGACGCCAUGAAAGACGAUAUGAUGAGCACGAUGAGCGUCCGCAAUCACCACCAACUGCAUCAGGUGGCGCAUACUAUCCCCCAUACCCGCCAACACCUGGAGCGCCAUAUGGCAGUCCUUCUGCAGCCCAGUCUUACGAUAACCAACAAUACUACGUUCCUCAAGAUAUGGGAUAUGCGCCACCUCCACCACCUGGUCCCCCUCCUGCUCCCAAUACGGGACCUGCCAACUAUGGUCCUCCACCCCCUCCAGGUCCUCCUCCUGGGCCACCACCUGGUUCUAACCAAGCUCCUGAACAUGGUCUGUAA